GACAGCUCCAUCGUCUAUACAUUUCUUGGACAGACAGCAGCACCAUUAUGCCAAGCUAUUCUGAGCAAUACCUCUCUGCCUUCCGUUCUUGCUCAUUGCGAGUCCAUCUCUCAGCAUUCACUUUCCGCUGAAAGCUCUGGACUGUCAGACCUACGCCGUACCGUCCAAACUCCGAUAAGAUAAUAAGCAUAAAGUGGGAUCGAAGAGUGUACAAGGAGUGCUCCAAGCUCUCUCUUUCCUUCCAAAAUGGCAGAUAAUUAUCCACCAGCUGGUCAAAACCCAUCAGAACACCAUGACAGAUACUCGAUCCCACCGUUGCAAUCGAGUGUGAAGCCCAAGGGUUUUCGGGCCUCUGCGGGUUUGGAGAAUGUUGCUCGCCGAACUUUGGGCAUCAUACUUCUCUUGACCACCGUUGUAUUAUGGACUGCCUCGAACUUUUUGUCAAGUUACAUCUUCGCAGACAAUACAUACUCGAAACCAUACUUUGUCACCUAUGUGAACACGGCGACUUUUGCUAUAUCCUUGAUUCCCAUAUUGAUUCGAUUAUCCUACGAACAUGGUUUUGCACAUGUUCAGACAUCGGCGGUGGAAUUCUGGCGAAGUAGGGUUGGCCACUAUCGAGGCGUGAAGACAAAGUCGGAAGAUACAGAGGAUGACCUAGAGGAUCCCAUGUCUGCUAGCCAGACCCGUCUCUUGGUUGAUGACGAGCCAGCGUCGAUGCAUGGCGCUUCUAGUGAUGUCGGAGCUCAAGAGGGGAUGUUGAGCCUUCAGGAGACAGCUACACUCAGUUUGGAAUUCUGUCUGCUGUGGUUUGCAGCGAAUUAUUUGGUGUCGGCUUGCCUGGAAUAUACAAGUGUUGCGAGCUCAACCAUCUUGACUUCGACAAGCAGCAUUUGGACCUUAAUCUUCGGAGCUUUCGCCCGAGUGGAACACUUCUCGUACAGAAAGCUGAUUGGAGUGUUCGCAUCGCUGAUUGGCAUCAUUCUGAUCUCCUCCGUCGACCUAUCAAGCGAAAACAAUGACGAGAAUCGUGGGAAUUUCCCCCAUAAGACCAAGCGUGAGAUAGCACUUGGCGAUGCGAUGGCAUUCGCAAGUGCUGUCGUUUAUGGUGUAUAUAUCGUCGUCAUGAAGAAAAAGGUCGGCAAUGAGGAUCGUGUGAACAUGCCUCUGUUCUUUGGCCUGGUGGGGUUUUUCAACCUCGUAUUCUUGUGGCCAGGAUUAUUCAUCCUCCAUUUCAGUGGCGUGGAGUCAUUUGCGUUACCUCCCACCGGAAAGGUGUGGACGAUUGUGCUCGUGAACGCUGUGAUAUCCCUCGUCAGCGACUUUGCUUGGGCAUACGCUCUUUUGCUUACCACCCCGUUGGUCGUGACAGUUGGCAUUUCAAUGACUAUACCAUUGUCCUUGAUUGGACAGAUGCUGUUGAGCGCCCAGUAUUCCAGCGCUACCUACUGGGUGGGAGCUUGCGUCGUUCUUUUGUCCUUUCUGUUCAUCAACCACGAAACUCGAGAAGAGGGCGAGGCUCAACCCCAGCCAGACGCAGUCUAUCCUGUAUGACGAAUCCUAGCUGCCUGCGUUCGGGCGUGGGUCAUUGCAUCCCAGAAUAGCAAACUACUUGAAUUGGGUCCAGUUUGCCGUCAUCUCCGAUGCCCAUCACCUUGUACACCGUUUAGAUUGAGGGGGGAUAUAGAACGCGUUCAAUACAAUCGUCUCUUGAUAUCGACUGUUGAAACCGUCAGUAAAUAUUUUCAAGCACGGAUUGCAGACCAAAUUCGGAUAGAUACACCAAACUUCUUCUUCCAUCCCGUGGAGAGGUCGAUUCUGAUUGUAGCCGAAUCAUUUCUUCUGCGCGGAGUUCAAAAAGAGAUUAGAAUGCAGUCUCUGGGUGUUAAACGUUGGAUUGUUUGCACCGUGGUUCCUUCUGAAUUUGCUCGCUUCGUGGUUUCGAAAGGGGCGGCUCGCUUCGGGCUGUGACUUCUCAGAUAGGGCUUUCAAAAAGGAAAGAACAUUACGACUUUCGAAAGGAGAUUUCCUUC